CUCCAUUUGAUAUUCAUUCGAAAUACACCAUCUCCCUUUAAUUUCUUCGAUAUGCUGGUCCUCCGAAGCAGCUGUAGGGCUAUCCUUUAUUCCUCGAGAGUAGUUCUGGGCAGACGCUAUGAUGCUACUUUGACCGGCGCUCAGAAGGGCAAGGCACCUCCUCCGAAUGCGCCAAAUGGCCAGAUGAACCACUCUACACCGCCGCCCGAAGAAUCUUUUGGCAAGGGGUUCUAUCUCUCGAUUGCGGCAGUUGUUGGUACCAUCGCUCUCUACAAACUUGAACAGAGUAUCUCCGGUAGCGACCGAUCUCCUUUCACCCGAGCUAUCGAAUACUAUUCGGAUGUUCAAGACCUUUGGGAGAAAAGAAACACUCGACGUACUGUACUUAUAGAGAGAGCUGCGGCCGAUCGAACCUUGUUCUUGAACUCUGAGCCUAAUAAGACAGUCCAAGUCAAAUUUCCAGAGAUGUUAAACAAUUUCAGCCCUCGUAAUAACGAGGUUGGUUGGGCGCAGUCGGUAGAUCUUUCGACACUCCGGGAGCACUACGAAUCGCAACGCGGGAAAUAGUAGAGCCGGAUCGAGAGAAUUUGAACAAUGUACAGAGCGUUAAAUCAAA